AUGGCCGUCCGCAAGCGGCGUGCCGCCGCCGUCGGCCGCGCGACGGCCACCCAAGGCUGCAAGAAAAGGCGCACCCGGAUCGCCAGCACCGAGGAUUUCGAGUUCGAGGACGCGCCCUGCCUCGGCAAGGGCAGCUUCGGCACCGUCGUCAGGGCGCGCCACCGCUCCACCGGCAGGACCGUCGCGAUCAAGUUCCCCUGCGACUCCGAGGACCCCGCCGACGCCGCUGCCGAGCUCCAGCGCGAGGCCGGCUUCCUCGCGGCCUGCGCCGGAAACCCUUACGUCGUCGGCUCGCACGGCCUCGUCCUCGACCCGGCCACCGGCAGGCUCGGGCUCGCCAUGGAGUGCGUCGCCGGGCCGAGCCUCCACGCUUUCUUGAGGGAGAGGGCGCCGCUCCCGGAGCCCAUCGUGUGCGCCUACAUGUGGCGGCUGCUCACCGGCGCCGGGAUGAUGCACCGGCUCGGCAUUGUCCACCGCGACCUCAAGCCAUCCAACAUCCUCGUCGCGAAAGGGGGGAAGAUCCUCAAGAUUUGCGACCUCGGCCUCGCCAUGUCCUUGCGCACGGCCGACCAGACGCGGUCCAGCGACGCCGGCACGCUGCCGUACAUGGCGCCCGAGGUGCUCCUGGGGAAGCCGGACUACGACGCGGGGGCGGACACGUGGUCGCUCGGGUGCGUCAUGGCCGAGAUGCUCACCGGCAAGCCGCUGUUCAAGGGCGACGUAAGGAGGGACGAUCCGGUACGCCAGGUCCGCACUAUCUUACGCGUCCUAGGCUCGCCGGAUGACAGGACGUGGCCGGAGUUCACGUUGCUGCCGCUCGCCGCCAGGGUGCGGUUCAGGGAGCAGCAGCGCAGCGCCCUGGGAGACCUCUUCCCAGCGGAGAUGUUGUCUGAGGACGGCUACCAGGUCCUGAAAGGGCUCCUAGAGUGCAACCCAGGCAAGCGGCUGACGGCGGCCGCCGCGCUCCAGCUCCCGUGGUUCAUGCCUGAGAUCGACAUCGACGCGAAUGUCGAGGACGCGUUCGUCCCGCCGGCAUCCUCCACGGAGGAGAAUCUACUCAGGAUCCCACUUGAUAUGUGGAAGAAUGCACAACGGCGAAACUGUGCUUGAUCAGAUGAUCGAGCAAUGUAGAAGCUGGCUAGAAGAACACGUACUUGUGCUUGUAUACGUGUAUGUCACCAUGUCUGGGGAGUAGGGAGAAGCUGUAUCUCUAUCUCCCAAUCAAACAUUCCCUUGUAACCUGUACAUACGAUGAUCAAUGU